AUGAAAAAAUCUCAACUUGUGUUCUUUUUGCUUCCAACUCUUUGUUUCUAUGUUUCAUUGGGAGCCUCAUCUCCCAUUGAUCCUGAUGAUUCUGAAGAUUUCAUAAGCUGUCUCCAAUCCAAAACCAACAAUGCCACCUCCAUCUCUAAACUCAUUUUCACCCCCCUCAACUCUUCUUUCGAGUCCAUUUGGGAGGCUAGAGUAAACAAUCUUAGGUUUAUCAAACCCUCCACCCCUAGACCGUCCGUCAUCGUGACUCCCAUCGACGACACGCAGAUCCAAGCCUCUCUUUUCUGCACCAAGAAACACGGAUAUGAGAUCAGGAUCAGGUCGGGAGGACAUGACUUCGAAGGCGUCUCGUCCUCUGCUGUAGUUCCCUUUGUCAUGCUUGAUCUUGUCAACAUGAAGUCUAUAGAUGUGGAUGUUGGAAACAAGACUGCAUGGGUCCAGGCUGGUGCACUGCUUGGUGAAGUCUACUACAGUAUUUCUCAAAAGACCAACACCUUGUACUUCCCAGCUGGUGUUUGUCCCAAUGUGGGUGUGGGCGGGUACAUGGGUGGCGGUGGGUAUGGAAACCUAGUGAGGAAAUAUGGGACAGCUGCUGAUAACGUUUUGGAUGUUCUGUUCAUGGAUGUCAAUGGAAAUAUUUUGGACAGGAAGUCGAUGGGCGAAGAUUUGUUUUGGGCGCUUCGCGGUGGUGGUGCUUCCAGCUUUGGAAUAGUUCUUGCAUGGAAGCUGGGGUUGGUGCCAGUGCCGGAGAUUGUGACUGUUUUUGUAGUGAAUAUAACACUUGAAGAAAAUGGGACAGAUAUUUUUUAUAAAUAUCAAUAUGUAGCACCAAGAAUGGAUCCGAAUUUGCUUAUAAGAGUUCGGAUGUCAAGUGAAUUUAUAGGCAACACAACAAAGAAAACGGUACGAAUGUUGUUUGAAGGACUUUAUCUUGGCAAAAUCGACACAUUGCUUACAUUGCUAGACAAAGACUUCCCUGAGCUCAAGUUGAAGCAAGAGAAUUGCGAAGAAAUGAGCAUGGUCCAAUCAAGCAUUGUAUUAGCAAUUCAGGGAUUCACAAGCUCGACCCCAACCGAAGCUUUACUGAACCAAUCUGCCAUCCUGAGGCGGCAGUCGAACGCCAAAGUUAAACUAGACUAUGUCAGGACUCCUAUUCCUAAAAGCGGGCUCAGAAAGAUCUGGAGAAAGAUGUUUGAAAACGACCGGUCAGAAUUGUUGAUCAUGUACACUUUUGGAGGGAAGAUGGAGGAGUACUCGGAAACAGCAAUUCCGUAUCCUCAUAGAGCUGGGGUUUUGUAUCAGUUGUAUAAGGGUGUGAGUUUUGUAGAUCAAACUUCAGACACGACCCCAACAUCACUCAAACGGAUAAAGUGGCUGCGAAGGUUUGAUAAGUUUUUGAAGCCAUACGUAUCAAAGAACCCGAGGGAAGCGUAUGUGAACUACAUUGAUCUUGAUUUGGGUGUUGGAAGUGAGACUUAUAAGGAAGCAAGCGUUUGGGGCGAGAGGUAUUGGAAGAGGGAAAAUUUUAAAAAGUUGAUUCGAAUCAAGGCCAAAGUGGAUCCAGAGAAUUUCUUUAGGCACCCACAAAGCAUACCAGUCUUCAACUAAGCACCUAUUCUGAUCACUCGAAGACAUGUUCAAAGCAUAUCAUAUAAUAUGUGGUUCUAGUUCACUUACGUUUUUUUUUUUUUUAAUAAAUUUGCAAUGAAUAAGUGUGUGUGGAAGUUUAAGUGUUUAUUCUGCCAGUUCUUGUCCUUGAAUAAUUUAUCAUUGUUUUGAUUGAUUAUAUGAAUGUAUUAUGAAAACCAUAUGUGAACCAUAUUUUAGUUUGAUUUCGGUA